GCGCCCCCCCUCAGCCUGCUUGCUGCUGGUUGUGAAAGCCGCUCAGGUUCAAAUCCUGUUUGGAGCACUGGUUUCCCACGUACUUGUACGCCUGUUCCCUUUCUUCUCCCUUUCCCUCCUCUUUCCUGUCUCCAAACAGCUUUCGAGCAUUAGGAUCACAAACACCUUCGCUCUCAUUCGUCACUGGCGUCGGGGGCGGCAGAAUGGCCAAGGGCAAGGGCGCCAUCCUGGUGAAGCUGCUGUCGGCGGCCAACACGGGGUACUUUUACGUGAAGCGCAAGAACCCUCGCAAGAUGCCGGACAAGCUGGCGUUCAUGAAGUACGACCCCAUUGUCAAGAAGCACGUGCUCUUCACCGAGACAAAGCUCCGGUAGCGCUUCUGGAGCCAGGUUCGAGUGCAACGGUUGAUGUAGAUCAGAGUUCACAGAAGCUGUACUUUGUUGUAAUUGAUGGCAGAUCCGUGCAUGAAGUUAGGAGUGUGAUCAAGCGCGUGAAGAUAGGAGGAAAUCAAGGGUUUGCUUGGUGGUGCAACUUUGUAGAUAGGUUAGAAUCACGACCACCACCAUUGAAGCAGAGAGGGGGUGUUUCUGCAAAUUCUUAUUAUCAAGGGUUAUACACACCGCAGUCCUCAAUCUCUACAGUAGUGCCCUUGUUCAUGCGGCAGUUUACAAAAACUGGGCAACCCAUGACUGACACUCCGGGGUUUUGCAAUGGUGGCGUGUGCGGGGAUAUCUCAGCGUUUGGUGGCGCCAGCGAGUUUGCUGCCUGUACUAGCCCCGGGGCAAAAGUCGGCAGCCAGCGCUCCUGUGGGCCCUCGUCGUUUGUCGGUGCGCCAAGGGCACUGGCCAUCGUGCUGCAAUGAUGGGCCUUCUCGAACAGUCCGUUCGGGAGGGGAAUGUCGGGGUGUUUCAGUGGGGCGGGAUGCGGUGGUGGGACAGGACGCAGAGAGCUGCCGGUCGAACUGCUUGGUUCGAUGCUCCCAGGCAAAGAAGGGUAUGGUCCGGAAGAGAUUGCACGUUCCAGCGGGAGCACGUUCUGCGACAGUGAAUUUUUGCGGUCCAGACGGAGCCACCUCGCCCAAGGUCCUCCUUAAAGGAGACACUGUCCAGACUCUUACCGGACGACGCCCCUUCAGAAGCACACAGAACGGACGGGCGGCAGGGCAAACUCCUAGCAAAAGGCGGUCGCAGGUUCUGGUGGCAGCACGAGGGGCUCUCACGGAGAGCACAGACACCGGCGCCCUUUCGCAAUCUGACGGGGAGACUGGCGACAGUGCGGAUAUCAGAGGGGGCCUGCUAAACGAUGCGGGGCAAGCGUCGGUGUCUGGCAAAGUGGAACCCAGCGGGGGCCAAGAUACGGAGGCAGAAAAGGGGGGGCAACGGCGAUCUCGGUGGGUGGCGGAUGACGGGCGGGUGAGGGGCCCCGGCAGGAGCAAGUCGAUUGCGGAGCGCCACCUGGAGACCCGCCCCUCUCUUGGCUCUGAAGCUGCCUCCCUUCUGGACGAACUUCAGACUGUGGAUUCGGACCCCGAGCGCAUGGCGAUCCUGGAGAAGUGGUCCGGUUCGGACUUGAGCGACGCCGACCUUCUAGAGCUUCUGAGGCGGCAGAGGGGCUUCCGAACAGCCCGCCUCUUCUUCGACUGGAUGGAAACGCAGCCAGGAUUUCGAAAGGGAUCCCCUGCUGCGUAUCACAUCCUCAUUGCGUUCGCCCACCGGAGCCAAAAGAUGGACGCUAUCCCCGGCCUCACCGCCCACAUGGACUCCCGGGGGAUCCCUUUCACUGCCGCAACUUACGCCACGCUCGUCGACGUGUACACCCGCGCGAAGGACCUCUCAUACGCCCAAGCGUGGUUCGAUAAGCUAUUGGCCGCGGAGGCGGCCAACGGGUGGCGCCCGGAGAGCGCCGCAUAUCGGGCGAUGAUGAGCAUGUACGAGAAGGUGGGCAAACCCUCGGAGUCGGUGCGGAUCUGGCGGCAGUUGCUGGCGCGGGGGGAUAUUCGCAUCGGCGCGCUGCAAACGUAUAACGCCCUGGUGGAUGCGCUCGGGAAGGUGGGCCGGUUCGAGGAGGCGAUGGGGCUGCUGGACGAGAUGCGGGCGCGGGGGCUGCAGCCGAAUACGAUGACGUACAACAUGCUGAUCAACUGCUACGGGAAGGCCGGCGCAAGGCACCAGGCGCUGAAGCUGUUCGACGAGAUGCGGCGCGCGGGCGUGGCCCCCGACGCGGUGACGUUCAACACGCUCAUCUCGAUGCACGUGCGCGCCGAGGACUACGCCGCGGCCGCGGGCGCGAUGCAGCUGCUGCGGCAGUCGGGGGAGCGCCCCAGCGAGUUCACGCUCAACGCAAUGGUGCGCGCGUACGCCAAGCUGGGCCAGGCGGAAGGGGCGCUCGACGUGUACAACAAAUUUCGGGAGGCCGGCAUUGCCCCGAGUGCCGUCAGCUACAACUCGCUGCUGCAUUUGCUGGCGUCAGCAGGGAAGGCGGACGAGAGCGAGGAGAUUCUGCUCCACAUGCAGGAGGGGGGAACACAGACGGAUGACGUCACGUGGAAUGGGCUCGUCAACGGUCAUAGCAAGGCGGGAAACUACGCCAAGGUUCUGGAGACGUUCGAGCGCAUGAAGGCGGCCGGCUUCGCGCCGGACCACGUGACGUACACCCCCGUGGUGGACGCGCUGUUCAAGCUGAGGCGCGACGACGAGGCGAUGGAGAUGUUCGACGAGAUGCGCGCGCGCGGGCUGCAGCCGCGCUCCAUGACGUACGGGGUCAUGCUCAUCGUGUGCUCGCGCAACGACAUGCUGGGCGAGGCGGCUGCCCUCCUGGACGAGAUGCGCGACCGUGGCGUUCCCCCGAGCGACACGCACUACAUCACCGUCGUGGACGGCCUGGUGCGCACGGGCCGCUGGGAAGACGCGCAAAAGGUGUACCGGGCAGCGCGGGAGGAGGGCCGGGCCGGCGCGGAGCUGUAUGCGUGCCUAGUGUGCGGCCUGGAGGCGCAGGGGCAGCGGCAGCAGGCGGAGGAGCUGUUCCAGAGCAUGAAGGCGGCGGGGGUGGAUACGGCGGAGGUCAUCUACGGCUCCGUCAUCGCGGCGCUCGGACGGCUCGGACAGUACGAGGACGCCGUGGCCGCGUUCAAGGACCUGGAGACGUCGGACGUCCAGCCCAAAGCGCGGACCUACUCGCAGAUCGUGUCAGUGUACGGCAAGGCCGGGCUGGUCGGCCCUGCGGAGGCGGCGUUCCAGGUGGCAGCGCGCGCCGGCGAGGCGAACCUGCGCGUGCACAACGCGAUGCUGGACGUGUACCUGCGGGGCGGUCUGUACCAGGAGGCGGAGGAUUGGUACCGGACCAUGGAGGACGACGGGCUCGCCGCGGACGAGGCCACGUGCCGGACGUUCCUGGUUAGGUAUGCGGAGGCGGGUCUCUGGCAGCCCGCCAGCCGCUGGCUCAACAAGACAAUGUCGUCCAAUUUCUUGUUUGAAGCAACCACCUACAACAAGGUCCUCCGGUGCUUCGGGAGCGCCGGCAAGAUCGACCUCGCAUGGAUGCUGUUCCACAUCAUGAAGAAGGGCAUCAAGGCUGCGAAGCCGAUCUCGUCCACGUACAACACCAUGAUCGGGAUUAUGGGCGAGGAGGGCCGCUACAAGGACGCGGCGGCGCUCGUGCAAGAAAUGCGCGCAGAAGGCGUGGAAAUCACCGAGAUCACGAAAGCGGUCCUCCGGCGCAUCGUGUACGCGGCCAACACGUCGAGCCCGUCGGCGUCCGCGCGGCGCGAGGUGGACGUCGCGAUCGACCGCGCGUUCGGGCCCGCGGCGGAGCGCGCGGCGCGGAGGAUGGCGAGCGUGGGGAGUAAGUUUGUCGAGGGGGAGUUUGUGCCGUCCGAGGGCGGCGACGCGGAUGGAAAUGGCGAGCGGGACACCGGGCUUCCGGACUACUUGCGGGAGCUUAGCAAGUUGUAAUGGUCGAGUAAGGGUGCGUUACUGCCGUGUGCCAAGAUCACACCGGCCCUCCCUUUGGAGACGUGAUUGAGGUCAGAGGCUUGUAUGCGGGACGUUUUAUGAUAUUGAUUACGGCCAAACUAUUGUCAAUGUACUUUCAUCGUCGAAUGAUUGGUCGACAUCCUGUCGUGUUCCGAGUAUUCAAGGGCUUUAGGGCUAAGCAAAAGGCCACGCGUAGGCUUUUGCCGGCCUAGUAUGAGCCCCCGCAUCAAAUCAGAGUGCCGGC